AUAAUGACAAAAUCCCUCGGCAAAUUUAACCUCCUUCCAAACAUUGGGUAGUCCAAAUUUUCCAAUCCUUAUAUAGUUGGCCUUAAGUUAACCAAAACAAAGAUACUUUCGGACGGCUGGGAGUAUCUUUUCUCCGUUUUAGCGGUUGCCUUUUUAACAGCACAAACUUCACUCUCCAUUAUCAUCAUUUUCAUGGCAGCUUCUGUUCCACUUCUUCAAUUCCCAACUCACUCCCUUCACAAAACGACACUUUCCAGAUUCAGACCCACUACUUCUCCUAAGUUCAAUGGGAAUUAUGGGUAUUGCUGCACAAUUAGGUGUAGUUCUUCAAAUGGAAGAGAGCCAGAGUCGGUAAACGAGGGAGUUAAGACUGUGGAGAAGCUUCUAGAAGAAAAACGGAGAGCUGAAUUAUCUGCUCGUAUUGCUUCUGGCGAGUUCACUGUUGAACAAACUGGAUUCCCAUCACUGGUCAAAAAUGGUUUGUCUAAAUUGGGUGUGCCUAAGGAGUUCUUCCAGUUCUUCUCUCAAUGGCUGGGUGAUUAUCCUCGCAUUCCAGAGGCAAAAGGAUCUAUUAGUGCUGUUCGGAAUGAAGCUUUCUUCAUCCCACUUUAUGAGCUUUUCCUUACUUAUGGUGGAAUUUUUCGUUUGACCUUCGGUCCCAAGUCUUUCUUAAUAGUUUCUGAUCCUUCAAUAGCCAAACACAUUCUGAAAGAUAAUUCAAAGGCUUAUUCUAAGGGUAUCCUAGCUGAAAUAUUGGACUUUGUGAUGGGAAAGGGACUUAUACCUGCAGAUGGAGAAAUUUGGCGCGUCAGGCGGCGCGCUAUUGUACCAGCAUUGCAUCAAAAGUAUGUAGCAGCUAUGAUUGGCUUAUUUGGUCAAGCAACCGACAGGUUGUGCAAAAAGCUUGAUGCUGCUGCAUCUGAUGGAGAAGACGUUGAGAUGGAAUCACUAUUUUCCCGUCUAACAUUAGACAUCAUUGGCAAAGCUGUAUUUAAUUAUGAUUUCGACUCGUUAACAGUAGACACUGGUAUUGUGGAGGCUGUAUAUACAGUGCUUAGAGAAGCAGAAGAUCGCAGUGUUGCACCUAUUCCAGUUUGGGAGAUACCUAUCUGGAAAGAUAUCUCUCCUAAGCUAAAAAAGGUCAACACAGCUCUAAAGUUGAUUAAUGACACCUUGGAUGAUUUGAUUGCUCUAUGUAAGGUAAUAUAGUUAUUUGGUUCAGAGAUCAAUCGGAACUACUUGCUUUACAAACUUUAUUGUUGUUUGGAUGAUAAAAAUAACCAGUUAGUUUGUACGUAGACUUGAGAUGAAGCAUUAUGCAGACCUCUAGAAAAGGGCAUUUUCCGUAAAAGAAACCCCUAGCCUUUUGCUGUUUUUGGAAAAAAAACUUUUGAACCGCGUCAAUGAAAUUGCAAGUCGCAGAGGUUCAUGCAAUUCCACAACCCAAGUAUUGGACUGGUAGAACGUUUGAAUGUGAGAUGAGAAAAAAAAUAUUACAAGUAUUGUACAAAUUAUCUAUAACAGCUCCUAGAUAUUGGACUUGUCUAAAACAUUCUCCCAAUGUCUUCUCUUAUUUUCUCACAUGGUACGAUCUUGGUAAUGACUUACUACAGCUGCUCCAUCGGCCAAAAUUUUCAUUCUUCUUCCUAGUUUCACUAUUCCAAUCUCUUUUCAGUGUUCGUUCUGGCCACUCCAUGACUCUUUCCAAUGGCUGUUCCGGUGCCACGACAUCUCUUUCUGUCACUGUUUCGUUCUCCACAUUGGAUUUGAAGCAGUGUGUUAGGAUAUUAGAUGUAUUGUCCAAUAAUAGAAGAAAGUAUUAUGCUACUUGUAGAACCCAUUAGGAAACUCCUAUGUGUAAGUUAUUCUAUCACACCAGGUACAAAGCAUGAGAACAGAUCGCAUAUGUCAAAAGUGGUUAGAUUGGAACAGGAUCAUCCUAGGAUCAGUAAGGAUCUAAUAGGAUCACAAGUGGAAUUCUGAGAUCCUAACAAUCCUAGUACCGCAAAUUUAUGAGUUUUUUCUCCUUUCGCUGUUUCUUCGUAACUUCUAGUAGCGUUUAUGUUAUAAAUUUCAAAAAAAAAAAAAAUUACCUUAG